AUGGCUCCAAUGAACCGGCCAGCCCCCGUGGAAGUCACAUACAGGAACAUGAGAUUUCUUAUUACACACAGUCCAACAAGUGCAACCUUAAACAAAUUUAUAGAAGAACUUAAGAAAUACGGAGUUACUACAAUAGUAAGAGUAUGUGAAGCCACCUAUGACACUGCUCUUGUGGAGAAAGAAGGCAUCCAGGUUCUGGAUUGGCCUUUUGAUGAUGGGUCAUCACCAUCUAACCAGAUUGUCGAUGACUGGUUAACUCUUGUAAACAUUAAAUUUCAUGAAGAACCUGGUUGUUGUAUUGCUGUUCAUUGUGUUGCAGGUCUUGGGAGAACUCCAGUGCUUGUUGCCCUAGCACUAAUUGAAGGUGGAAUGAAAAAUGAAGAUGCAGUACAGUUUAUAAGACAAAAGCAGCGUGGAGCUUUUAACAGCAAGCAACUUUUGUAUUUGGAGAAAUAUCAUUCUAAAAUGCGGCUAUGCUACAAAGACUCCAGUGGUCAUAGAAACUACUGUUGCAUUCAGUAA